ACCAUACUUCUUAAGAUUAACAUUUAGAAUAAAACAUAAUUUCAUUAAAUACCAAUAUCUUUAUAGAAAAUCUUCAAUUUUAUCUGUAAAUAUGGAUUACAUACGUAUUGCGUUUAUGGGCGAACGUAGCCGUCGUGCGGAAUGUGAUCAAUCCUAAAAAUGGCGGUAAAUUAGAAGACAGUGUAAACAGAAGGUGCACACAGAAAGAAACUGAACGCAGUAAAAAUGGCUCACAGAGGAAUAGAAAUUGUCGAUUUUUUUCGUCCAGCAUGUAACAGAAAGAAUCUGUUCAUGACGAAUAUCGUUACAGGAAUGGAAGCAAUAGAUGUUGAGGAUCAGCUGCAUUGCAAAUUUUCUCAAUUUGGAUUACUCCAUGAAGUUCAAGUUUUUAAAUCCAAGCUUCAAGGCAAGGGAGAUAAUUCUGACCAACCAUCAGAGACAACCACAUUUUAUGCAUUUAUCAAAUUUUACUCACUAUAUGCCGCUGCCCGAGCUCUACAUGAUUUAAAUGGAAAGUGUUUUAUUGGUGAAAAAUGUUGUAAGUUGACUUAUGCUAAACGCCAGAAAGGACCUGAAGAACCUUAUUGUCUAUCUGUUAGUCAGUGUGUAGACUUAGCUAGUUAUUAUAUGGGUUUUAAUGGCUGGUCCACAGAAAUCAGACUGUUAGAAAAAGACAGUAAUGAAGAAAACGAAGGAGCCUUAGAGAGUGAGAUUGCCACCAUUAGAUAUAUGUGUGUAGUAACAUUAUAUAUCACUGGUCAUUUACUCUCAUGUCAAGGUUUUGGAGCCUGGGAAGAAAAAUAUCAUAAAACUACAAUCGACCCAAAAGACAGAAUAACCCUAGUGGGUAAAACAAAGAAAAUAGCUACUCAACGUGCUAAACAGAAUGCCUUCUCUAAAUUAUUGUUAAUUAUUCUACCUAAUGGUAAGGUAACAGUAGAAGUUAAUACAAUGAUACCUGAUUAUUUUCCUGUAAAUGAUGAACAGGAUAAUCAAAAGUUACUCAAGGUAAAUGAAUUAAAUAAAGAACCAGAAACCAAUGAUGAAGAUGUUGAUGAUGUUCUUCAUAACUUACAAGAUUUACAAGAAAAUAUUGAAGUUAACCAAUCAUAGCCAUUGUUUCUUGGCCCCAUCUUGUGAAUGUAAUAAAGGAAUUUUUCAUUGGUACUUCAGGAAGAACACCAUCAAAACACAGAACUUUCAGAUUUCAAAUUGUGAACACUUCCUACAUCUACAUUUUUUGGCAUACGGGUAUCAUGUGAUUUCUCAAAGGAUUUGUGAAAAUUUCAUUUAUUGAGUUAUAAAGAAGUGCCUUUCGAAUUUUUCCAUCUCAAUCACCAAAUUUGUGUUCAAACUCUUUAAAAUCAUAUAAAUAUAAAGUCCAGAAUUCUCUUAUAUACAUCUUCACUUUUAUUAACACUUUAAUAGUCGCUGAUCGUCAUUUCAACCCAAUGGGUUUUCUCCGGGUCCUCCGGUUUCCUCUCACUGCUAAAGACCCCUAAGCGUAAGCGAAUUAUUGAAACAAAAUUGAACCAUGUUAGUCCCAAAAUGACCUGGUUUGUGUCGAGUGGACACUAAACCCCAUCUCUCUCUCUUUCUCUUUCUCUUUCUAUGUUAUUAUUAAUGUUUUUGAAGUUCUAUCAUUUCCAAGUUUUAUUUUGACAAAAAUUGAUUUUGAAAUUGUUGGGUGAAGUAGAUAAUUUUGAAAUGAUUUAACACUUAAUAAGGCAUUAUAUAUACUGGGGUAGCCUUACUAUGUACAUUAUAAAUUAUUGACUUUGUGAACUUUCCAAAUAGAUGGGAUGUGGUACCAGGUGUUCUAGAAAGAGUUGGCCUAGAAUCCUACUAUAUAUUGUUUAGGAUAUUGAAGGUCCAAUUUUUUGCCCUGUUAAAAAUUUUCCAUCAUUUGACUCUAAAAUUAUAUUUUAUAAAGUUAAUAGAGUUGAUUUGACAGUAUAUUCAGGGUUAUUAUUUUUUAUGUUCAAAAUUUAUUGUUUGUAUAAAUUCAUUGUGUCU